AUGGUGUUCCCUCAACGAACCUCAGGAGACAUACCAGAGAAAAGUUUGCUUGUACCGCUGUUGCUGCUGGGCAUCGGCAGCAUAUGUGAGGCCCAGUAUUACUAUGAGCCUGUCUCAAAUUAUUUGGUUCCCGAUCAUCAUGCCUCAUCGGGUGGUGGUGGUUAUGCUUAUCCCAAACCGCCAGUGAGCUUUGACUAUCCCCAGCAACCAGGUUAUUCCUAUCCACCACCAAAAACUCCUUUUGAUUUGCCGCAAAAACCAGCGCCACAGCCCACCAAGGGAUAUUCGUAUCCCACACCAGCAGUGAAAUUUGAAUUGCCACCCAAGACUACACAAAAACCCAUUCUGCAACCACAAACCACCAAGUCCGGCUAUGCUUACCCCCCACCAGCAGUGAAGUUUGAAUUGCAGCCAAAGACAACACAACAACCCAGGUCACCACCACAGACCUCUAAGCCAGGUUAUUCCUAUCCCACACCAGCGGUGAAAUUUGAAAUACCACCUAGAAGCACACAAAAACCAAUUCCUCCGCCAACAAAGUCGGGUUACUCGUACCCAACACCUGCACUGAAAUUUGAAUUACCUGUCAAAACCACAGCGAGAGCAACGACUGCCCCACCGCAACCCACCAAGUCGGGUUAUUCGUAUCCCACACCUGCAGUGAAAUUCGAAUUACCACCCCAGACUACACCAAAGGCAACGGCUCCACCGCCAACAAAGUCAGGCUAUUCAUACCCCACACCUGCAGUGAAAUUUGAAUUGCCAGCCAAAACCACUCCCAAGGCUACUGCACCACCCCCAAAGCCUGGCUAUUCUUACCCCACACCUGCUGUGAAAUUCGAUUUGCCAGCCCAGACUACACCAAAAGUUAUACCGCAGCCUUCAAAGCCUGGUUACUCGUACCCAACACCAGCUGUUAAGUUUGAGACACCAGCCAAAACCACACAGAAACCUUCAUCACCACCAACCAAAUCUGGUUACUCUUAUCCCACACCUGCUGUGAAGUUUGAAUUACCAUCAAAAGGCACCCCUCCACCAGCACUGCCUUCUAAGCAGGGCUACUCUUAUCCCACACCAGCGAUAAAAUUCGAAAUACCUCCCAAAUCCACACUAAGACCAACUCCACCUACUCAAGCUCCCACCAAAUCGGGGUACUCUUAUCCCACACCAGCGGUAAAAUUCGAAAUACCUCCCAAAUCCACACUAAGACCAACUCCACCUACUCAAGCUCCCACCAAAUCGGGGUACUCCUAUCCCCCACCAGCUGUUAAAUUUGAAACACCACCCAAAACCACGCAGAGACCAACAGCUCCUCCUCCACCACCAACCAAAUCGGGCUACUCCUACCCCACUCCAGCUGUGAAAUUUGAGUUGCCACCCAAGACAACACAAAGACCAACAGCUCCUCCUCCACCACCAACCAAAUCGGGCUACUCCUACCCCACUCCAGCUGUUAAAUUCGAAAUACCACCCAAAACAACACAAAGACCAACGGUUCCUCCUCCACCACCAACCAAAUCGGGCUACUCCUACCCCACUCCAGCUGUCAAAUUCGAAAUACCACCCAAGACAACACAAAGACCAACGGUACCUCCUCCACCACCCACCAAGUCAGGUUACUCUUAUCCCACUCCAAGUGUGAAAUUUGAGUUGCCUCCCAAGACAACACAAAGACCAACGGCUCCUCCUCCUCCACCACCCGCCAAGUCAGGCUAUUCUUAUCCCACACCAGUAGUGAAAUUUGAAUUGCCCCCCAAAACCACACCCCGACCAACAGCUCCACCUGCUCAACCCUCAAAACCAGGCUAUUCCUAUCCCACACCGGCCGUUAAAUUUGAAAUUCCAACAAAACCACCACAAAAACCAGCACCAAGGCCCACAGCACCACCAACACAGCCUGCCAAACCGGGUUAUUCCUAUCCCACACCUGCUGUGAAAUUUGAAUUGCCUAGCCCGAAAACCCCAGGCUACUCCUAUCCUACUCCCGCGGUGAAAUUUGACAUUCCAACCAAGGCAACACCAAAACCUACAGCACCUGUGAAAUAUGUGGUCCCCACCAAUUCUGCUCCGCCACAAAAACCAGGCUACUCCUAUCCCACACCAGCUGUGAAAUUUGAAAUACCCACCAAACCUCAACAGAAGCCCACACAGGCCACUUUACCUCCACAAAAGCCAGGCUAUAGCUAUCCCACACCUGCUGUAAAAUUCGAAUUACCCACACAAAGAUCUACACCACCGCCUCCACCAGCAGCCAAUAAGACACCAGGUUACAGCUAUCCUACCCCAGCUGUGAAAUUCGAUCUGCCUACAAAUCGCCCACCUCCACCACAACCACCAGCGAACAAGACACCUGGUUACAGCUACCCUACACCAGCUGUAAAAUUCGAUUUGCCCACAAAUCGUCCUCCUCCACCUCCCCCAGCACCCAGUAAAACAGCUGGUUAUAGUUAUCCUACACCAGCUGUUAAAUUCGAAUUGCCAACUCCAGCCCAAAGUGGUUACUCAUAUCCCAAACCCGGUAUUCCUUUCAAUUACUAACCACACACACACACACACACAAAAAAGCCCCCAAAAGGCGCAAUGACCAGGACACGAAAUUGUGAUUAUUUAGCCGCAACAUUUGGAUACUCGAAUUAGCGGCUGAAUGAAAAAACUUCCUUAAACUUUUUUUUCUCUCUCUGUAUUUAGUCUCAACUUUUGUUAUUGUUUCCUUGCCCGUUAGUGUUGCAACGUAUGUGAGUAUCUGCAAAGACUUAACCCGUCCAAGGAACUCAAGUUACUACUCUCCUCCGACACUCAAGGCGAAACACAUAGUCAUUAAAUAUAAAUUAUGUUUAAAAAAAAUGUUUAGUGAACAUUUGUUUGCGAAAUUUAGUCUAAUACUCGAUGUGCAAAAGAAUUGAAACGAAAAGACCACAAAUCAAAUUCCACUGUAAUUUAAGGCUAGCCAUUAAGAAACGAAUAAAUUUUUAAAUUAAAACACAAAAUAUGAAAUAUG